AUGGCCGAUCUAGGAAGUUAUGGUCUCAAACGAGAGGAGCUGUUUCUAACGACAAAGCUGAGUCCUGCUGAUCAGGGCAAAGGCAACUGCAAGAAAGCCAUCCUCGAUGCUGUCAAGAAGCUUCAGGUAGCUUACAUUGACUUGGUUCUGAUUCAUUGGCCUGGCUCCAGUAAACUUGCACAUGAUGAUCCAAAGAAUGCUGAAAGGCGUAAGGGUAGUUGGGAAGACUUAGAAGAGUUGCACAGUGAGGGCAUUGUCAAAAGUAUUGGCGUGUCCAACUAUACGAUCCGACAUUUAGAAGAGAUGAUCAAUGCACAAAAUGGUUACGCAAAAAUAAAACCAGUUGUCAAUCAGGUGGAAGUUCAUCCGCUAUUUUUCGACAAAGAAUUGAUUGACUUUUGCAGCAAAAACUCUAUCGUAGUGCAGGCGUAUUCAUCGCUAGGUGCUGCAGAUGGCUGGCCAGUGCUGGCAGAGAAUGCAACUCUCAAACAAGUGGCCUCCAAGUACAGCAAAUCAGUGGCACAAAUCUUGCUGAAAUGGGCUUUGCAGCAUAAUCUCUGCAUCAUUCCAAAAACAUCGAAAGUUGAAAAUUUGAAAUUGAAUUUUGAUUUGUUCAACUUUGAGCUUAGCAACGAAGACAUGGUUGCUAUUGAUGCUCUCAAUAAAAACAAAAAGUUUUGCUGGGAUCCUUCCACAAUUUGCUAA